AUGCAACCUUCCUUGGGAUGGGACCGGCCGGGAUGCAGCUGCAGCUUCGGAAGGCACUGGUGGAAACUGGGGAUCGUGGCUCUCAUGACGGCGGAGGGGAGCGCCUGGAGCCGGGCGCUGCUGCUCUCCCUGGGGCUGCUGGCUGGAUCGGCCAUGGCCCAGAACUGCAGUCACACAUUGCAGGGCCCAAACGGGACAAUACAGAGCCCAGGCUUUCCCUAUGGAUACCCCAAUUAUGCAAACUGCACGUGGACAAUCACUGCUGAGGAGCAGAACAGGAUACAGCUUGUUUUCCAGUCCUUUGCAUUAGAGGAAGAUUUUGAUGUAUUAUCCAUCUACGAUGGGCUGCCUCAGCAGGGGAAUCUGAGAACGAGGCUGACAGGAUUCCAGCUGCCUGCUCCCAUUGUCAGCACUGGCCUGGUGCUGUCCCUGUGGCUCAUCAGUGACUACGCCGUGAGUGCCCAAGGCUUCCAGGCCAGCUAUGAGGCCCUGCCCAGCCACACGUGUGGGAACCCGGGACGGCUGCGGAACGGGGUGCAGCAAGGAACCACCUUCAACAUCGGGGACAGGGUCAGGUACAGCUGCAACCCCGGCUUCUUCCUGGAGGGCCACGCCCUGCUCACCUGCCAGGCCAGCUCUGGCCACGGAGCCUCCUGGGAUUUCCCUCUCCCCGUCUGCCGAGCUGACGACGCCUGUGGAGGGACCCUGCGGGGUCAGAGCGGGAUCAUCUCCAGCCCUCACUUCCCCCUGGAGUAUGGCAACAAUGCAGACUGCACCUGGACCAUCCUGGCCGAGCCUGGGGACACCAUUGCUCUGGUUUUCAUGGAUUUUCAGCUGGAGGAUGGAUACGAUGUCCUGGAAGUUGCUGGCACGGAGGGAUCCUCGCUCUGGUUCACGGGGAUGAAUUUGCCUGCCCCUGUGAUCAGCAGUAAAAAUUGGCUGCGGCUCCACUUCACCUCCGAUGGCAACCACAGGCAGAAGGGCUUCAGUGCCCAGUACCAAGUCAAGAAGCAGAUGGAGCUGAAAUCCAGAGGGGUGAAGCUCAUGCCCAGCAAGGACAACAACCAGAAGACAUCUGUGUUAACUCAGGUUGGUGUGUCCCAGGGACAUAAUUUGUGUCCAGACCCUGGGAUUCCCGAGAGAGGCAAAAGGAUAGGCAACGAUUUUAGGCUGGGCUCCAGCAUCCAGUUCUCCUGCAACGAGGGCUACGACCUGCAGGGCUCCAAGAGCAUCACCUGCAAGAGAGUCAGCGACAUCAUCGUGGCCUGGAGCGACCACCGGCCCGUCUGCAGAGCCAGGAUGUGUGACACGUUCCUGCGUGGGCCCAGCGGGGUCAUCACGUCCCCCAACUACCCCGUGCAGUACGACAACAACGCCUACUGCGUGUGGGUCAUCACCGCCCUCAACCCCGCCAAGGUGAUCAAACUCACCUUCGAGGAAUUCGAGCUGGAGAGAGGCUACGACACCCUGACAGUGGGGGAUGGAGGGCAGGUCGGAGAUCAGAAAUCUGUGCUUUAUGUCCUGACGGGCACCACUGUCCCCGACCUCAUUGUCAGCACCCAGCACCAGAUGUGGCUCCUGUUCCAGACCGACAGUGUCAGCAACCUGCUGGGCUUCAAAGCCACCUACGAAGAGAUCGACCAGGGCAGCUGUGGUGACCCGGGCAUCCCCGCCUUUGGCCGCAGAGAAGGCUCCACCUUCCACCACGGGGACACUCUGCACUUCGAGUGCCAGCCUGCCUUCGAGCUCAAGGGCCACAAAAGCAUAACGUGCCAAAAGAGCAGCCAGUGGUCUGCUCAGAAACCUGUGUGUGUUUUUUCGUGCUUUUUCAACUUCACCAGCCCGUCGGGCAUCGUGCUGUCCCCCAACUACCCCGAGGAGUACGGGAGCAGCCUGCACUGCGUGUGGCUCAUCAUCGCCAACCCCGAGAGCAGGAUCCACCUGGCCUUCAACGACUUCGAUGUGGAGCCCCAGUUUGAUUUCCUGGCUGUCAAGGAUGGGGGCACGGCCGAGUCUCCGGUGCUGGGAACCUUCUCAGGGAGCCACAUCCCCUCCUCGCUGACCAGCAGUGGCCACGUGGCCAGGCUGGAGUUCCAGACUGACCACUCCAUGGAGAAGAGAGGCUUCAACAUCACCUUCACCACGUUCCGGCACAACGAGUGCCCGGACCCCGGUGUGCCGGUGAACGGGAAGCGUUUUGGGGACAGCCUGCAGCUGGGCAGCUCCGUGUCCUUCCUGUGUGACGAGGGCUUCAUCCGCACCCACGGCGCCGAGACUGUCACCUGUGUCCUGCAGGAGGGCAGCGUGGUGUGGGACAACGCCGUGCUCCGCUGCGAAGCACCCUGUGGGGGCCACCUGACAUCACCCAGUGGAACCAUCCUGUCCCCAGGCUGGCCUGGCUUCUACAAGGACUCGCUGAGCUGUGCCUGGGUCAUCGAGGCCCAGCCAGGCUACCCCAUCAAAAUCACCUUUGACAGGUUCAAGACAGAGGUGAAUUAUGACACCCUGGAGGUGCGGGAUGGCCGCUCCUACUCCUCACCCCUCAUCGGGGUCUACGAUGGCACCCAGGUGCCCCAGUUCCUGAUCAGCACCAGCAACCACCUCUACCUCCUGUUCACCACGGACAAGAGCCACUCUGACGUCGGCUUCCAGAUCCGAUACGAAACCGUGAAGCUGCAGUCUGAUCACUGCCUGGACCCAGGGAUCCCGGUGAACGGGCAGCGCCACGGCCACGAUUUCUACGUGGGAGCCCUGGUGACCUUCAGCUGUGACCCUGGGUACACCCUGAGUGACAGCCAGGCCCUGGAGUGUGAGCCAAACUUCCAGUGGAGCCGGCCCCUGCCCAGCUGUGAGGCUCUCUGUGGGGGCUACAUCCGUGGCUCCAGUGGCACCAUCCUCUCCCCAGGCUUCCCUGAUUUUUAUCCCAACAACUUGAACUGCACGUGGACGAUAGAAACAUCCCAUGGGAAAGGUGUGUUCUUCACCUUCCACACGUUCCACCUGGAGAACGGCCACGACUACCUGCUGGUCACUGAGAACUCCAGCUUUGCCCAGCCCCUGAAGCAGCUGACGGGGUCCAGGCUGCCGGCCCCGCUCAGUGCCGGGCUCUUCGGGAACUUCUCGGCCCAGAUCCGCUUCAUCUCCGACUUCUCCAUGUCCUACGAGGGCUUCAACAUCACCUUCUCAGAAUACGACCUGGAGCCGUGUGACGAGCCAGAAGUGCCAGCCUACAGCAUCAGGAAGGGGCUGCAGUUCGGAGUGGGGGACGUGCUGACCUUCUCCUGCUUCCCGGGGUACCGGCUGGAGGGAGCAGCCCGGAUCACCUGCCUGGGCGGGAGACGGCGUGUGUGGAGUUCGCCUCUGCCAAGGUGUGUUGCUGAGUGUGGCUCAUCUGUGACGGGAACCCAGGGUGUGCUGCUGUCCCCCAACUACCCCCUGAGCUACAACAACAACCACGAGUGCAUCUACUCCAUCCAGAGCCAGCCAGGGAAAGGCAUCCAGCUGAAAGCCAGGACCUUCGAGCUGGAGGCAGGAGAUGUCCUCAAGGUGUACGAUGGCACCAACAGCUCUGCCCGGCUGCUGGGCACCUUCAGCCGCUCAGAGCUGCUGGGCACCAGCAUCAACAGCACCUCCAGCUCCAUGUGGCUGGAGUUCAUCACCGACAGUGCCAACACCAGCAAAGGCUUCGAGCUGCAGUUCUCCAGUUUUGAGCUCAUCAAGUGCGAGGACCCCGGCGUCCCCCAGUUUGGGUACAAGGUGCACGACGAGGGACACUUCGCUGGCAGCUCGGUGUCCUUCAGCUGUGACCCUGGCUACACCCUGAGAGGCACCAGGGUGCUGGUGUGCCUCACUGGGGAGAGGAGAGCCUGGGACCAGCCCCUGCCGACCUGCGUGGGUUUCUGUCCCCGUUUCACGGUGGGGUUGACUUGCCCAUGGCUCCAUUUCAUGGUUUUCCACACCGAGGAGUUCCACGAUGUGCUGCGGAUCUGGGAUGGGCCAGUGGAGAACGGGAUCCUGCUGAAGGAGAUGAGCGGCUCGGGGCUGCCUGGGGACAUCCACAGCACCUUCAACUCCAUCAUCCUGCAGUUCAACACCGACUUCUUCACCAGCAAGCAGGGCUUUGCCAUCCAGUUCUCAGUUUCCACGGCCACAUCCUGCAAUGACCCAGGAAUCCCCCAGAACGGGAGCCGGAGCGGGGACAGCAAAGAGGCCGGGGACUCCAUCACCUUCCAGUGCAACCCCGGCUACAUCCUGCAAGGGGAGGCACGGAUCACCUGUGUGCAGAUCGAGAACAGGUUCUUCUGGCAGCCAGACCCUCCCACCUGCACAGCUCCGUGUGGUGGGACCCUGACAGGUCCAGCUGGGGUGAUCCUGUCCCCGCAGUACCCGGAGCCGUAUCCCCCAGGGAAGGAGUGUGACUGGAAGCUGACAGUGUCCCCUGACUAUGUCAUUGCCCUGGUGUUCAACGUCUUCAGCCUGGAGCCUGGCUAUGAUUUCCUGCACAUCUACGAUGGGCCUGACUCCCUGAGCCCCCUGAUUGGGAGUUUUUAUGGCUCCCAGCUCCCGGAGAGGAUCGAGAGCAGCAGCAACAAUCUUUUCCUGGCGUUCCGGAGCGACGCCUCCGUCAGCAACGCCGGCUUCGUCAUUGAGUACACAGAGAACCCCCGGGAGUCCUGCUUUGACCCGGGGUCCAUCAAGAACGGUACCAGGGUGGGCACGGACCUGAAGCUGGGCUCCACCAUCACCUUCUACUGUGACGGGGGCUACGACAUCGAGGGGGGCCCCACCCUCACCUGUGUCAUGGGAGGGGAUGGAAAACCCACCUGGAACAAGCCUCGCCCCACCUGUACAGCUCCCUGCGGAGGGCAGUACACAGGCUCGGAUGGAGUCGUCCUGUCCCCAAAUUAUCCCCAAAACUACACCAGUGGCCAGGUGUGCCUGUACUCCAUCGUCGUGCCCAAGGACUAUGUGCUCUUCGGGCAGUUCGCCUUUUUCCAGACGGCGCUCAAUGACGUGGUGGAGGUGCACGAUGGCCCCACGCAGCACUCGCGACUGCUCAGCUCCCUCUCAGGCUCUCAUUCAGGGGAAUCUUUGCCGUUGGCCACCACCAACCAGAUCCUCAUCAAAUUCAGCUCCAGAGGUCAAUCCACAGCCAAAGGCUUUCAUUUUGUCUACCAAGCCGUGCCCCGUACCAGUGCCACCCAGUGCAGCUCGGUGCCGGAACCGCGCCACGGGCGGCGCCUGGGCAGCGAUUUCGCCGUGGGCGCCGUGGUGCGCUUCGAGUGCAGCCCUGGCUAUGGCCUGCGUGGCUCCCCUGCCAUCCAGUGCCUGGCCAUGCCCGGGGCCCUGGCACAGUGGAACUCCUCCGUCCCCACCUGCGUGGUGCCCUGCGGGGGGAACCUGACAGAGAGGAAAGGAACCAUCCUGUCCCCAGGCUUCCCUGAGCCCUACCUGAACAGCCUCAACUGCGUGUGGAAGAUCACAGUGCCCGAGGGAGCAGGGAUUCAGAUCCAGGUGAUCAGUUUUGUCACGGAGCAGAACUGGGAUUCCCUGGAAGUGUUUGAUGGAGGAGACAACACAGCCACCAUGCUGGGGAGCUUUUCUGGAACCACAGUGCCUGCGCUGCUCAACAGCACUUCAAACCAGCUCUAUCUGCAUUUCUAUUCCGACAUCAGCGUCUCGGCUGCCGGCUUUCACCUGGAAUACAAAACCGUGGGCCUCUCCAGCUGCCCGGAGCCGCCGGUUCCUGGGAAUGGGCUGAAGAUUGGGGAGCGUUACCUGGUGAACGACGUGGUGUCCUUCCAGUGCGAGCCGGGCUAUGCCCUGCAGGGCCAUUCCCACAUCUCCUGCAUGCCGGGCACGGUGCGCCGCUGGAAUUACCCUCCACCCCUCUGCAUCGCCCAGUGUGGAGGAACAGCAGAAGAGAUGGAAGGAGUGCUCCUGAGCCCAGGCUUCCCAGGAAACUAUCCCAGCAACCUGGACUGCACGUGGAGGAUCCUGCUGCCAGUGGGGUUUGGUGCCCACAUCCAGUUCCUGAACUUCUCCACGGAGCCCAACCACGACUUCGUGGAGGUGCGGAACGGUCCCUACGACACCAGCAGCGUCAUCGGGCGCUUCAGUGGCACCGAGCUGCCCGGCUCCCUCCUGUCCACCUCCCACGAAACCACCCUCUACUUCCACAGCGACCACUCCCAGAACAAGCCUGGAUUCAAGCUGGAAUACCAAGCCUACGAGCUGCAGGAAUGUCCUGACCCGGAGCCUUUUGCCAACGGAGUGGUGAGAGGAGCUGGCUACAACGUUGGCCAGUCCAUCUCCUUCGAGUGCCAGCCUGGCUACCAGCUGAUCGGGCACCCCGUGCUCACCUGCCAGCAUGGCACCAACAGGAACUGGGACCACCCCCUGCCCAGGUGUGAAGUGCCCUGUGGGGGCAAUGUCACUGCCCAGAAUGGCACCGUUUACUCUCCUGGCUUCCCCAACCAAUACCCAAAUUCCCAGGAUUGCACCUGGCUCCUGACAGUGCCCGUGGGAUAUGGGAUCCACCUGAACUUCACCCUGCUGCAGACAGAGCCCUACAACGACUUCAUCACUGUCUGGGAUGGGCCCCAGCAAACAGCUCCUCAGCUGGGGGUGUUCACAGGCAACUCAGCCAAAAAAUCUGCCCAGAGCUCCUCCAACCAGGUCCUGCUGAAAUUCCACAGCGACGGCGCCAACGGAGGCAUCUUCGCCAUCUUCUUCUAUGCCUUCCAGCUUUUCCGCUGCCAGCCUCCCACCAUGGUUCCCAACGCCGAGAUCAUCACGGAGAACGAGGACUUCAACAUCGGUGACAUCGUGAGGUACCGGUGCCUUCCUGGCUUCACCUUGAUUGGGAAUGAAAUCCUCACCUGCAAACUGGGAACCCACCUGCAGUUCGAGGGACCCCCACCCACCUGUGAAGUGCACUGCCCCAUGAACCAGCUGAUGACAGAUUCCACCGGGGUGAUCCUAAGCCAGAGUUUCCUGGGAAGUUACCCCCACUUCCAGACCUGCUCGUGGGUGGUGAAGGUGGAGCCAGGGUACAACAUCUCCCUGACCAUCGAGUACUUCCUCAGCGAGAAGCAGUUUGAUGAGUUUGAAAUCUUUGAUGGUCCCUCUGGGCAGAGCCCUUUGCUGCUGUCCCUGAGUGGGAAUUACUCAGCCCCUCUGACCGUCACCAGCAGCGGGAGCAGCGUUUUCCUGCGCUGGUCAUCUGACCACGCCUACAACAGGAAAGGUUUCAAAAUCCGCUACUCAGCUCCCUACUGCAGCCUCCCACAGCCUCCAGCACACGGGAUGAUCCUGAGCCAUUCCGGGCUGCAUCCCGGCAGCUCCGUGCGCUUCGGCUGCGACGCCGGCUACCGCCUGGUGGGACACAGCACCACCACCUGCACCCAGCACCCCCAGGGACACUUCCACUGGAGGGAAGCCAUCCCCCUGUGCCAAGCUCUGUCCUGUGGAGUUCCCAGAGCCCCCAGGAACGGGGUUGUUUUUGGGAAGGAGUACACAGUGGGCACCAAGGCUGUGUACCAGUGUAACCAGGGCUUCCAGCUGCAGCCAGGAGCAGAGCCCAGCACCGAGUGCCUGCAGGAGGGAGUCUGGAGCAAUGGGAACCAGCCCCCUCUGUGCGUGGCUGUGACGUGUCCCGACGUGGGCAGCAUCGCGGUGGAGCACGGCCGCUGGCGCCUCACCUACGAGGUGCAGAACCACUACAACGCCCAGCUGAUGCUCAUCUGUGACCCUGGCUACUACUACACUGGCCAGAGGGUCAUCAGCUGCCAGGCCAACGGCACCUGGAGCAUCGGGGAGCCCGUGCCCACCUGUAAAAUUAUCUCCUGCGGGGACCUGCCCACCCCUCCCAACGGGAACAAGAUCGGGACCCUCACCAGUUAUGGGGCCACUGCCAUCUUCUCCUGCAACACUGGCUACACCCUGGUGGGCUCUCGGGUCAGGGAGUGCAUGGCCAACGGGCUCUGGAGCGGGGCUGAGGUCCGGUGCCUGGAGAUCCGGGCUGCGGGCGAUGCCUUUUGGCAACACCUUUGGUGGGAUCUCCAGGUGAUUCCUGCCGUUUUCCCCUCUCCAGCCGGGCACUGUGGCAUGCCCAGCCCCAUUGUGAACGGGCAGAUCAACGGGGAGAACUACAACUACCGGGGCAGCGUGGUGUACCAGUGCCAGCCCGGGUUCCGCCUCAUCGGAAUGUCCGUGCGCAUCUGCCAGCAGGAUCACCGCUGGUCCGGGAAAACUCCUGUCUGUGUGCCCAUCACCUGUGGCCACCCUGGCAACCCCCCCAAUGGCCUCACCCAGGGCUCCCAGUUCAACCUCAACGACGUGGCCAAAUUCCAGUGCAACCCCGGCUUCCGCCUGGAGGGAGCUUCCCAAUCCCAGUGCCUGGCCAAUGGUCAGUGGAGCAGCACCCUGCCCUCCUGCCGAGUUGUGAACUGUUCUGACCCCGGGCACCUGGAAAACAGCGUCCGGCAAGUGCAGCCGAGCGGCCCCCACAGGUUCAGCUUCGGCACCACCGUGUCCUAUCAGUGCAUCCACGGAUUUUAUUUGUUGGGAACGCACGUCCUGACGUGCCAGGGCGAUGGCACGUGGGACAGAGCCCUCCCCCAGUGCCUUUUGGUGUCAUGUGGCCACCCCGGGUCCCCUCCCCACGCCCAGAUCUCGGGGGACAAGCACACGGUGGGCUCCGUGGUGAGGUACAGCUGCCUGGGCAGGCGCACGCUGGUCGGCAAUUCCACACGGAUGUGCCAGCUGGACGGGCGCUGGAGCGGCUCCCUGCCACACUGCUCGGGGGGCAGCCAGGGCGUGUGCGGCGAUCCCGGGAUCCCUUCCCAUGGCAUUGGGCUGGGGGACGCCUUCGACGUGGGCAGCGUGGUGAGGUUCAGCUGCGAGCCCGGCUACACCCUGCGGGGCUCCUCCGAGAGGAUCUGCCAUUCCAACGGCUCCUGGAGCGGCACGCAGCCGGAAUGCGAAGUGAUUUCCUGCGGGAACCCUGGAACGCCCAGCAAUGCCAGGGUGAUCUUCAACGAUGGCCUGGUGUUCUCCAGCUCCAUCAUCUACCAGUGCAGGGAGGGUUAUUAUUCCACAGGGGUGCUGAGCAGGCACUGCACAGUCAAUGGCACCUGGACUGGGACCAGCCCCGAGUGCACUGUGAUCAACUGUGGAGAUCCCGGCGUGCCGGCCAACGGGCUCAGGCUGGGCAGUGACUUCACCUACAACAAAUCCGUGGUGUUCCAGUGCACUCCUGGCUUCAUGAUGGAGUCAGACAGGGCAGCUGCCCUCACCUGCACCAAAGACCGCACCUGGAACGGCACCAAACCUGUCUGCAAGGCCAUCACCUGCAGAGCUCCCCAGGCCAUUCCCAACGGGAAGGUGGUGGGCUCAGAUUUCAGCUGGGGCUCCAGUGUCAGCUACGCUUGCCUCGAGGGCUACCAGCUGUCCCUGCCUGCCGUGCUCACCUGCGAGGGCAACGGCUCCUGGAGCGGGGAGAUCCCCCAGUGCUUCCCCGUGUUCUGUGGGGACCCAGGGACCCCAGCCCAGGGCAGGAGGGAGGACCGAGGCUUCACCUACCGCUCAUCCGUGUCCUUCUCCUGCCUGGCCCCGCUGGUGCUGGUGGGCUCGGCGCGGAGGUUCUGCCAGUCCGACGGCACCUGGAGCGGGACCCAGCCCAGCUGCAUCGAUCCCAGCCUCACGACGUGUGCGGAUCCUGGAGUGCCUCUUUUUGGGAUGCAGAACAAUUCCCAGGGAUACCAGGUGGGAAGCAUCCUGUUCUUCAGGUGCCAGAAGGGAUAUCUCCUGCAGGGCUCCACCACCAGGACCUGCAUGCCCAACCUGACCUGGAGCGGCGUCCAGCCCGACUGCGUCCCCCACCACUGCAGGCAGCCAGAGACCCCAUCCCAUGCCAACGUGGGUGCCCUGGACCUGCCCUCCCUGGGCUACACCUUGAUCUACUCCUGCCAGAGCGGCUUCUACCUCACCGGGGGCUCCGAGCACCGCACCUGCAAAUCCGAUGGCAGCUGGACAGGGAAACCUCCCAUCUGCCUGGCUGAUGUCCGUCCCAGCGGGAGACCCGUGGGCACCGCGCGGGAACCGCCGCUCGCCAAGGUCUCAGUUCCUGCGGAUGUGUUUGCAAGAAAUUCCCUCUGGAAAGGUUCCUAUGAGUACAUGGGGAAGAAGCAGCCAGCCAUGCUCUCUGUCACCAGCUUCGACCCUGCCACCAGCAAGGUCAACGCCACCUUGAUGGACCACAGUGGGGUGGAGCUCCAGGUGUCUGGGAUUUACAAGAAGGAAGACGUGCACCUGCUCCUCCAGGUGUACCAGAUCAUGGGGCCAUUGGACAUCUUUGCCAACAAGUUUAGGAAUGACAAAUGGGCUCUGGAUGGACACGUCUCGCCGGAGUCGUCGAGCGGCACCUUCGUGUACCAGGGCUUUGUGCGUGGCAAAGGCUUCGGGCAGUUUGGCCUCCAGAGACUUGACAUCAGCAUGAUGGAAAAUGAUCCCGAAUCCAUCGGGCACCACUUUGCAUCCAACAGCAGCUCCGUGGCAGCCGCCAUCCUUGUGCCUUUCAUCGCCCUGAUUAUUGCAGGGUUUGUGCUUUAUCUCUACAAACACAGGAGGAGACCCAAAGUCCCGUUCAAUGGCUACGCCGGCCACGAGAACACCAACGUGAGGGGCACCUUUGAGAACCCCAUGUACGACAGGAACCUGCAGCCCUCGGACAUCAUGGCCAGCGAGGCCGAGUUCACCGUGAGCACGGUGUGCACGGCCGUAUAG